CCACUUAGAGUAAGGGUCUCCACAUUUGCAGAAGUCUAAGUCCAGUUGCUAGAUCCUUUGGCCUGGUAGGCUUGGUAGCCAAGGUGGUAAAGAUCUAGGUCCAAUCUGUUUAUUUUAUUACGUGAGUGAGAUCAGCAGAGUGUACAGAUAGCGUUUGCACAAGGAGUAAUUUCAGCAUGGCAGCUACCUUUGGCUUCAAGUUGGAUAUCAUCUUCUUUAUGGAUGGGAUGAAAAUGGGGUAGGGGUUCAGACACUUUGCAGAAUGUGCACAUGAGCAGAAAAAAGGGAGUGCAGCAGAGAAAGGUGGAAGAGUAAAGUUAGAAAGGCAGAAUAGUGAAUGAAGGGGAACUGUGCCCAGUCACUCCCUGAGCGUUCCAGUUUAGUUUCCCACGUUUGCCCACAUGCGUUGGGUGUGGAGUAAAGCAUCGUUUCUGAAUACAUGAACAGAGCUUUAGCACAUGGGACUACUGUGUGCUUAAGACAUUGUGUAGAACUACUCUAAUACUGGAUUUGGGGCACACAGAGCUGAAAAAAAGUGAGUCACUAAAAUAAUCUACAGAAAUGCUGUCUCUGACAACUGAGAAUUAUUUUCAUGACAUGUGAUUACAAAACAGGCUUACUAGGGAAAGAUCUAUUGACACUGGCCAAAAAAAAAGAGAAAAAAGGAGAAAAAAGAGAAAAAAAAAAGAGCCAGGAAAAGAGUCAGAGCCUGGAAACAAAAAUCAAACACAGCCACCUAGUUACAGAAUGGCAAUCUACUUCUAUUCAGCAUUUCUUACUGACAGAUGCGAGUUCACCUGGAAGUAAAGCCUCCUCAUGUUUCAGUGGGAUUAAAAGCGUUCCUACCACUCUAUUGUUGCAUACGGCUCCUGUACUGCAGUUGUGGAGAAAGCCUGUCUUAGCUGUUGCAAAACUCGUGUAUGGUGAGAUACCAGCCAAACAUUUCUGAAUGCACAGGACUGAGUGGCGGGUGGAGCGUUGACCCUGCAGGAAAAGCUAGGAUCUUUCCUGUACUGCUUUUGUCAAGAAGUGUGCAUGAGUAGGAGAGUUUUCCGGGUCUGUUCUCUGUGUAGUGAAAGUAAGUGCUGACUUAAUUGUUAAAGACGGCAAUGGUAACGGUUCUGCAGCAGGAAGAAUCUGCUGGUGUUCUGAGGACUGCUUCCAGUGCUUCUUUAAGCAAAUCCCUGCUGCGUGAAGUGCUGUGAAGAGCAGUUAUAAGGAGCCCUGGGCAGCUGGUGUGAGACUUGUGGGGCCGUUCUGCACAGCCCAAGGUUCCCCUAUUCCCAUGUACAGAUAAGCUGCAUUACGCUCCCCUUGGAGCAGUGCCAUGCUGUCAUGACAGUUGUUCAAGGCUGGUCCCGGCCGAUUCGGUUCACAGCUUGAGCACUGCUUUCCUUAUCCCUGUUUGCAUUGCGCAACAGCUUUACUGACAGAGUAUAAAGGCAGCGCACAGAGUCGAUCAGGGUGUGAGUAGGCUGCAGAGUGGCAACUGAGAAGAACAUGCUGCUGUCCGUGAUCCUCACCGCCGGGCUCACAGCACUCGUAGCUACUGGGCAAAAAGCAGAGCAGCCAGAAGUGGUGACCAAAUACGGCACUGCCCGAGGAUACCAAAUCAAAGUUGAUGCGGCUGAGAGGAGCGUAAAUGUCUUUCUGGGACUUCCUUUUGCUAAGCCUCCUGUUGGACCACUGAGGUUUUCUGAGCCCCAGCCUCCUGAGCCAUGGCAAGGUGUCAGAGAUGCCACUUCCUACCCACCAAUGUGUCUACAGGAUAAAGUAACAGGACAGUUUUUUUCAGAUGUUAUUACUAAUAGAAAAGAAAAAGUUCGUCUCCAGGUGUCUGAAGAUUGCUUAUACCUGAAUAUAUAUACACCUGUUUCUACAAAAACACAGGAGAAGCUGCCGGUCUUUGUAUGGAUCCAUGGGGGUGGAUUAGUUUCUGGAGCAGCAUCAUCCUAUGAUGGCUCAGCAUUAGCAGCCUUUGACAACGUGGUUGUUGUGGCAAUUCAGUACAGAUUGGGUAUAGCUGGAUACUUUAGCACUGGGGAUAGGCAUGCUCGUGGUAACUGGGGGUAUUUGGACCAAGUGGCAGCUCUUCAGUGGAUUCAGGAAAAUAUCAUACACUUUGGAGGAGACCCGGGAUCUGUCACCAUCUGUGGUGAAUCUGCAGGGGGAAUCAGUGUAUCUGCUCUGGUCUUAUCUCCACUGGCAAAGGGCUUGUUCCACAAGGCCAUUUCAGAGAGUGGUACUACAAUUAGGAUUUUAUUCACUGAAAAGCCUGAGAAGGAAGCACAGAGAAUUGCUGCUGCAUCUGGCUGCGAAAAGUCCAGUUCUGCCGCUCUGGUUGAAUGCUUAAGAGGAAAAACAGAGGAAGAGAUAAAACAGAUAACUCUAAAAAUGGAUAUGACAACAUUGCAGCUAUGCCAUACCUCACCUGAGAACUGUGAACAGGCUCCUGUGUUCAUAAGUGCCUGUGUGGAUGGUGUGUUUUUUCCAAAGAGUCCCAGGCAAUUACUGUCUGAAAAAGCAAUCAAUCCAGUCCCAUACAUAUUAGGAGUGAAUAACUGUGAAUUUGGAUGGGUACUCCCUAAACUGUUGAAAUUUCCUGAUUUUACGGACGGACUGGACAAAGAAGUUGCCCGUCAAGUAUUACAGAGCUCGUUUGUAUUAUCAUUUGAGGGUGUUUCUUCUCACAUUGUUGAUCUUGUAUUCAAUGAAUACAUUGGGAAAGCAGAGAGCCGUGCUCAGGUGCGAGAUGCCCUUUUUGAUGCAAUAGGAGAUCACAUGUUUGUUUUCUCUGCCAUUGAAGUGGCUAGGUACCACAGAGAUGCUGGCCACCCAGUCUACUUCUAUGAAUUUCAACAUCGACCAAGCACAGCCAUGUCAGCCACAGGUGUCGUUCCAGAGUUUGUAAAAGCAGAUCAUGCAGAUGAGGUUGCCUUUGUCUUUGGAAGGCCAUUCUUAGCAGGGAAUGCUACGGAAGGAGAAAGUAAACUUAGCAGAACUGUUAUGAAGUACUGGACUAACUUUGCUAGAAACGGAAAUCCCAAUGGGGAAGGCUUGGUGCAUUGGCCUCAGUAUGGUCUGGAUGAAAGAUACCUGGAAAUAGACCUCAUACAAAAGGCAGCAAAGAAACUGAAAGAAGACAAAAUGGAGUUUUGGGUACAGCUCACAGAACAGAUGAGGAGUGAAAGAAGGCGAGAGCACACAGAUUUGUGAGAGCUGCAGAGGAUACAUUUUCCUUUUACAGUCUGAAGAAUCCUAAUGGGGAAGGCCUGGCUGAAUGGCCAUUGCGUAAUCUAAAUGAAGAAUGCUUGGAGAUAAAUCUAAGACAAAGGAAAGCCAGAAAGCUGAAGGAGAAGAAGGGAGAUUUCUGGGAAAAGGUGAUGUUUGAAAAGCCAACUAGGAAAAGAAUGGGAAACAAGAAAGCUCAUCUAGAGCUAUAAUUUACUGUCUAAACAUGCAUAAUAGGCAUAGUAUUUAGGAUUGCAAGAGGAAUUAUUUGAAAUACUUUUGAGGACAAAAUAACGUGUCCCUUCCGUUCACCUUUUCUUUGCAGUUCUCCUAUUUACCCUUAUUCGCUGUAAUUAGGGCAGUGGAUCGAUUUCCACUUUGUGACCCUUUGCUUUUCCCUCGGUUCCCUCUGUGUCCACAAGAGAAGCCUCCCCUAUUAAUACAGUUAACAGAUCUGUCUGCUCCUCAGGCUUUGCUGCAGCUUUGCCAUUGCUGAGGAAGAAUCUGGCAGCAAUGUUGUGUUAAUCGAGUUCAAUCAAUAAAGAGGUGUUUUGCAAGUAAAA